AUGCGCAUCAGUCAACUCUACACCUACCCCAUCAAAUCCCUUCAAGGCGUUCCCAUCUCCAGCGCAACCUUCACUCGAACCGGCUUCCCCUAUGACCGCCAUUAUAUGCUCCUCAAAGUCCUUCCCAAUGGCGAAUACAAGAAUAUGCAUGUGCCUCAUUUCCCGGAAAUGUCGCUUUUCUAUACCGAUAUCAUUCGCAGUGAUGAUGACAAGAAAGCAUCAGGGUCUGAGUCCAGCAGGAUAGUGGUCACAUAUCGUCCUCCUGCUGCUGAUCAAUCCCAGUCCCAGCGGAAGAUGGAGGUACCGCUGAUACCCGAUACGGCGGGGUUAGAGGAGGUAGAAGUCGUAAUGCACCAGAGUCCGACAAAGGGGUAUAUCAUGAGAGAGGAGUAUAACGGGUGGUUUAGUGAGUGUUUUGGAUAUCGUGUGGUGCUUGUCUAUUUGGGCGGGAAUUAUAGAGGUGUUUUGGGAAGUUUUGCGCCGGAGAAGAGUGCGGCGCAUAGAGGCAUACAGGGGUGGUGGUGGAGGGACGGGGUGCUAGGUCUAGGAACAGGGCUGGUGGGUGUGAUGAUUUUGUUGUCUUGGGUAGGUAUGAGUAUGGGAUUACUGGGGAGUAUAGGAGCAACAGGGGCAGCAGGAGCUGUGGUUUGGUAUGGGGCUGGACGCCAGAAUAAGAAGGAAGAGCAGAUUACUUUUGCUGAUACGGCGCCAUAUCUGAUUGUGUCGCGCACUUCAGUCGAGGAUGUCUCUGCACGGUUAGCCGGCGAUGAGGAAAUGGAUGUUACCAAGGCCCGGCCGAACAUUGUCAUAUCUGGCGCAGAGACGGCCUUUGAGGAGGACUUCUGGGCUGAAGUGCAGAUUGGAGAGCCUGGUUCGGCGAAGCUAUUGCUCACGGCCAAUUGUAUACGGUGUCAGAGUCUUAAUGUUGAUUAUACGACGGGGAAGAUGGGUACGGGUGAGUCAGGGACUGUGCUAAAGAAGUUGAUGAAGGACCGCCGAGUCGAUAAGGGCGCCAAAUUCAGUCCAGUGUUUGGUCGAUAUGGGUUUCUGGAUGGAGGGUCGGAUGGCCGGACGGUGAGGGUUGGAGAUGCGGUGGUGGUAGCAAGGAGGGUUAAGGAACGGACGGUUUAUGAUUGGCCGGGAUUGACCAACUGA